UUUGUUCUCGACCAGAAAAAGGCGCUGUUGUUCAAGGGGAUACACAUCUCAUUUUGGUUGCGGUAUAUAUUUUUUAUUUUCUAAUUUAAGAAAUGAGCGGAAAACUUUUAAUGCGUCCCGUGUUUCAGUCUCAGUAUACGCUUUCAGACGAAAGCGCGUGGACAGACGGAUCCGACGAUCGGUUGGUUGAUCGGGAACGCGUUGUCAUUUUUCCGACAGCUUUAUAAACUAGCAGGUAAACUUGAAAAAAUAAACCGUGCCAGAAAGCUUUAUAACGACGUUAGACCUAAAUACUUGAAAACACCUUUUUAAAAUACUUUGAUCUGUGUUGACUUCAUUAUCGGCUGUUUGCGCUUUUUAGAUGCUUUGUUAUUUGCACUGUUUGGAUAAGUUGGUUUGGAUUAAAAGCCAAAGGACGUUGUCAAGUUGGAAGCUUUGCCUGGGAAAUAGUGUUGAAUAUUUAUGAUUUAUGGUUAAGACAGUCUCUUUAAUGCAUAGAAAUAACUGUAACGUUAUUCGGUUCGCGUUUACGGCGACGAAAUCAACCUGAGGAGUUUAUACGAAGUUUGUGCGCGAGCUGACAAACCAGCUGUAGUGUGAAUAUAAAGUUAUUAACUACAUUUUUGGAUCAAACUGACACGGUUUUCAUUUAAACAUCUUAAAAAAUGCGAUAGACCCUAAAAAGCACUACUGCCGAUUUAAAUAGGCUGGCUGUUUUGGGGUGAGGCCUGCUGGUCGGGCUUUUAUCGCGUGGAAUUUAGAGCUAAGGCCGCGUUAGAGCGCUUUCAGCUCGGCCGUGAGUGACGCGCAGCGUCGGUGCCGGAGGACGAGCUAUGGAAAGAAUGGAGGUGGACCAGUGCGCAGGCGCAGGAGGAGCCCUCCGAAGGUCGAACAGCGCCCCCAUGAUCACCAAUGUCAGUGAUGGGACGACAGUAUUCAGCUCUAAUAGUUCAGCCCGGUAUCGUCGGAGCAGCGUGUCUGUGAAUCCGAGCUGUCCCUCUCGGAUCCUUCCUCUCUCCCCGUUCUCGCUGCCAUGUGAGAGAUCAGACCACAAGAGACAGAUAGAACACAAUAUGGCACUCACUCUGAGAGGGAGCUUACAGAGACUGAGUGCCACUCCUGCCGCCACCUUCACUCCUGCGAGUCAUUGGAAUGAUCAUUUGUCUCCAGGAUUUCAUUCCCAGGACAGCGGUGUCACUCCGAAUUCCUCACCCAGUCCAACUCGAAGGUUUCGAGGAGGAUCUGUAAGCUCUGGAGUGAGGUGGCCGUCAGUUGUACCUUUAAAAAGAAAAGGUGGAGUUGAAUCAGAUGGCCCGCCCAAAAAGCUCUUUGUUGCUGGAGUCACAGACCCUGCCCACAUUACAAGUUACACAGUCAGUGUUUCUCAGUCAAUGGACUCUUCUUCCGGGGCAGCACCUGUAGGUUCAAACACCCAGGUCGGCCAUCUCUCCCUUUCCCAAUCCCCACCCUUCUCCUCUCAUCACACUGGCAUCUAAACAUCAGUGUUCAUCUAGACUCCUAAAUGAAGGCCAAGCUUUGGUCUUAAAUAGUUUCUGUUCUGGGUGCUUUCGGUGCAAGUCUUUCGAUUCUCAAAUCAUUCUGAAGGAAAUUCACAACUUUGAUUUGGAAGAAUUCAAAGCGCAAUAUAUGAAGUCAAUCUCUCAAAGUAUUGGAUGCAUCCAAAAUGACAGCAACGUCUGUCAGCUGUAGCCUGUUCAGUCAUUUGUAAAUAACUGUUUUACCAGAGUAAGGAUCUUCGGUGCCUAUGAAAGACAAUGUAAUAUAUCUAAAAUAGUAUUGCAAUAACAGAUUACAAUGAAACAAUCUUAGUGUUUAAAAGAUUACAGCCAAUUUAAUCUUGACAAAAUGACUACUAUCAGUGUAGUUCAGACUUGCUGCAAAGAUGUCUUUGUAAUUGAUACAACAUUAGCUUCCAUUAAUGGGGUCCAAAAGUCUAAAAAAAACAGAUCCAGAUUGAGCGAACUUAUCUUGAAAACAGACAAUAAGGAAAAAGUAUUAAAAUCAGUUUGGAGUAGUUGCCAACUAUUGUAAAUAUGUGUAAUAUAGUGUAUAAAGAUGUGAAUAAUCAGAUAUUAUUUUGGUAGGUUUUAAACCUACAUUUCUUUUAUGUUCUGAUAUUUGUAAAUAUGUUUAUUUUUACAUGUUCAUGUUAGCCUGAGCCUUUAUUCUUCAGUAAUUUUUGAAAACAGUACCAAAGCACUCAGGCAUCUCCCACAAUUUUCACAUUACUCAGACAUUCAGAUUUAUCAAUGAGUACUGUAUAACGUAGAUGUCUCACGCCAUGCCUACACUGCAGGGUGAGUGAUGCAACAAAACCAGAAUGAUUAAAAUCAUUGUUGAAGCUUAAAGAAAA